AUGCGGGCGGCGGCGGCGGCGGGGGGCGCGCGCACGGCCGCGCUGGCGCUGCUGCUCUGGGCGCUGCGCGGGGCCCCGGCGCGCGGCCAGGAGUACGAUUACUACGGCUGGCAGACGGAGCCGCUGCACGGCCGCUUCUACUCCAAGCCGCCGCAGUGCCUCGACAUCCCCGCCGACCUGCCGCUCUGCCACACGGUGGGCUACAAGCGAAUGCGGCUGCCCAACCUGCUGGAGCACGAGAGCCUGGCCGAGGUGAAGCAGCAGGCGAGCAGCUGGCUGCCGCUGCUGGCCAAGCGCUGCCACUCGGACACGCAGGUCUUCCUUUGCUCGCUCUUCGCGCCCGUCUGCCUGGACCGGCCCAUCUACCCGUGCCGCUCGCUCUGCGAGGCCGUGCGCGCCGGCUGCGCGCCGCUCAUGGAGGCCUACGGCUUCCCGUGGCCCGAGAUGCUGCACUGCCACAAGUUCCCCCUGGACAACGACCUGUGCAUCGCUGUGCAGUUCGGGCACCUGCCUGCCACCGCGCCUCCAGUCACCAAGAUCUGCGCCCAGUGUGAGAUGGAGGACAGCGCUGACGGCCUCAUGGAGCAGAUGUGCUCCAGCGACUUCGUAGUCAAGAUGCGCAUCAGAGAGAUCAAAAUAGAGAAUGGGGACCGGAAGUUGAUUGGAGCCCAGAAGAAGAAGAAACUGCUCAAGCCCGGCCCCCUAACGCGUAAGGACACGAAGAGGCUGGUCCUGCACAUGAAGAACGGCGCAGGCUGCCCCUGCCCACAGCUGGACAGCCUGGCAGGCAGCUUCCUGGUCAUGGGCCGCAAAGUGGAUGGGCAGCUUCUGCUCAUGGCUGUCUACCGCUGGGACAAGAAGAAUAAGGAGAUGAAGUUUGCGAUCAAGUUCAUGUUCUCCUACCCUUGCUCCCUGUACCACCCCCUCUUCUACGGGGCUGCUGACUCCCACUGACGGGCGCUCCUCCCUGUCCCACCAGCUGUGCCUUGCCCUCCGACACUGCCCUGACCUCACCCCAGAUCCCAGGCUGGCUCAGCCCCUGGCAGAGAAUAGCUUUGUGCAGUUGCUACUGGCCCAGGCCCCAAGGGAUGGGCUUGGGGCCUGGGGUUGCCUUACUUGACCCAGGAGUCCUGGAAUUGAAAGGUCUUGGGCUCCUUCUCUCAGAAGGGCUUUUUCUUCUGAGGGAAGCCACUUUCUGUCAGAAAGCGGGCAGAAGCGGAUAGAGCUUGAGGGAAGUGCAGGGCAUCAGUUCCAGAGCAAUGGGCUUUGCCUUUGAGCGCUGUUUCAGUGCUUGGGAACAGUUUGCCUCAACCACUGCCCCUUUCUGUCAUCAUAAGCCCUCUAAAGAGCAGGAGUUAGGGUCUCCCUGCCUUCCAGCUGUACCCACUUCCCGCCCUCCAGUCUUCUACACCAGGCCUGAAGCCCUGCUGGACUGAAGCAGGCCCAGUUCCUCCCCCGGCCCCCACAGACACCCUCCCACAGGCUCUCUUCUUGGUUCAUUCCUCAGCCACCCUCUCUGUUGUCCUAAUGAUAAGUUAUUGCUACUGCUGUAAGGCCAUUGGUUUCAGACAAUGGGCUUG